AUGCCAGAUAGUUUUAUUGUCAAAUCACUUUUUACAAGUGAUAUUGAUUCAAUUCAUCAUUAUCGUUCUGUCCAAUUUCCUCUUACUAAACAUCGACGUGUAUUCAUUAUAUCAAUUGUUCAACCAGAUCCAUUGAAAAUUGUAUUACCAACAGAUGAAGUAAUACUGAAAAGACAUGUUGGUUUAUUUUCAAGAAUGUGUUUUAUUGUUGGUAACACCAUUGGUUCUGGUAUAUUUAUCUCUUCUAAAGGUGUUUUGCGAGAAACACAAUCAGUUGGUCUCUGUUUGAUUAUCUGGGUUGUAUGCAGUUUAGUUUCUUCACUCGGAUAUGAAUUGAAUCAACCACUUGAAAUAAUUGAAGAUUAUGUUAGAUGA